AUGUCAUCAUUCCUUCAAUCAAAUCAAGAUGAUACAAGCUCGUAUCAAUCAGGUGGAAACAAUUCCAUCAUCCUAGAAACUAGUACCAAUUCUUCUGAUGGUAGUGGUACCAAUAAUAACAAUAAUACUCAAGAUAACCCCCUAUUAAGUCCCACUACUGCAAAUCAUUUACCUACUUUACCUAAAACAAAUAUAUCAGGUCCAACUGUCCUCCCUAUUAAUGCCAAUACUACCACUUCAAAUACCGUAAGUCAUCAACAUCAUAAAGAACAAGAGAUGUUAUCUGGAUUUGCAAUUCCUCAACCUCCUGUUUCAACUCAACAAUCAAGUGUGGCAGCUGAACGUGAACGAGAAGCUUCUGGAUUAUCAAAUCCUUUAUCAUCAGGUGAAAUCGAUCAUCCUCGAACUUUAUGGAUGGGAGAUUUAGAUCCUUGGUUAGAUGAACAAGCUAUCGUUGAUUUAUGGUGGAAAAUCUUACAAAAACAUGUCGAUGUUAAAAUCAUUAAACCCAAGAGUAUCAAACCUGAUCUGGCCAAUUAUCAAGGAUUAUCUCAUUCAGGAUAUUGUUUUAUUCAAUUUUCAUCAUAUGAAGAUGCUCAACAAGCUUUAGGUUUAAAUGGUCAAUUAUUACCUGAUAUAGCUAUGCCAUCUCAACAACAUUUUCCUAAUAAUCCUGAUAAUCAAAAGAAAUAUUUCCGGUUAAAUUGGGCUAGUGGAGCAACUUUAAAUGCUCCUAUAGUUCAAACUCCCGAAUAUUCUUUAUUUGUAGGUGAUUUAUCAGCAUCAACUACUGAAGCUCAUUUAUUAGCAUUUUUUCAAAAAAAUUUCCCUAAUUCAAUUAAAACUGUUAGAGUUAUGACGGAUCCUGUAUCGGGUAAAUCAAGAUGUUUUGGAUUUGUCAGAUUUACAGAUGAACUGGAAAGACAACGAGCAUUAAUUGAAAUGAAUGGUGUUUGGUUUGGUGGUAGACCAUUAAGAGUGGCAUUGGCUACGGCCAGAACUUCAACUCGUAAAUUCCAAGGUGGAGUUGGAAAUAAUCAACUUGAUAAUGAUAUAUUAGGUGUCGGUGGUGGAAAUGGUGGUGGUAGUGUUGUUGGAGGUGGUCAAUUCUAUGGAAAUGGUAUACCAGCCGAUUCUCAACAAAAUCUAAUGUUUUUAGGUGGUCCACCUCCUCCACCAAAUCAAAAUCAUAAUUUAGCUCCAGGUCCACCCGGAGGUCCACCUCCUGGUGGUUAUUAUGGAACUCCUCAAUUACCACCUCCAGGAAGUGUAGGAUCUCCAUUUGAUUUACCUCAAGAUGCCAUCAAUUAUGAUAAUUAUGGUCAAAUUAAAUCUCCCAUGCCAAUGGCCAUCCCUCCUGGUGCUGUUAUUCAAAAUCAAUCAUUUUCCGAUCCUAAUAAUACUACCGUAUUUGUAGGAGGAUUAUCAUCUGAAGUUAAUGAACCUACGUUAUUUACAUUAUUUAAACAAUUUGGAUUAAUUCAACAAGUUAAAAUCCCUCCCGGUAAGAAUUGUGGAUUUAUAAAAUAUUCAAGUCGAGAAGAAGCAGAAGAAGCUAUUGCUUCAAUGCAAGGAUUUAUAAUUGGUGGUAAUCGAGUUCGAUUAAGUUGGGGGAAAGUAUCGAUGAAUAAUAAAAAAUUCCAACACCAACAACAACACCAACAACAACAUCAUCAACAGCAACAACAUCAUCAUCAACAACAAGUUGCUUUGUCUAUGGGGUUAGGCUAUGGUCAAAUGCCUCCACCUCAUCCAAAUGCUCCACCAGGUCAAUUAGGGGUAAUGCCAGGUCAUCAUGGACCAUUACCUCCUCCAUUAGGUAUCCAUGCUGGACCAUUACCACCACCAGGAACAUAUGGAUCCCAAGAUUAUGAUAAUAGUCAUAAUAGUGAUAAUUCAGGAUCAUUUGAUGAUUCAAAUCAUUCUCCUCAAUAUUAUUUACCCAUAGGAGGGGCUGGUCAUGCGGGUAAUCAUGAACAAUUAUUACAAUCAAUGGGAAAUUUAAGUCUUGAUUCUUCAGGUGGUAUGGGAAGUGUUGGUGGAUCAGGUGUUAAUAGUGGUAAUGCCUUACUUGAUGAUCCUAAUGGUUUAGCAGCCGGUGGGUAUUUAAUCCCUCCUCCAAAUAUGUAUGGAGCAUUUGGAAUUCCUGAUUUAACAUAUCAACAAUUCAUUCCUGCUUCUGCUGCUGCUGCAGCUGCCGUGGCUGCUAAUGCCGGUAUACCCUCUUAUUCAAAUGGAAGUCCUUCACCUACAAGCACCCCUUACCAUAAUAACAGUAAUAAUCAAAUUAAUCAUAGUCAUAAUGAUAGUAGUGGUAGUAAUCCCGAAGGUGGUGUAGCCGCUGAUGAAGAAGAGGAAGAACAAUCGGAAGAGAAAGGAGAAGUGGUUGAGAAAGAAGAAAAGGAAGAAGUAGAGAAGGACGAGAAAGAGGAAUGA